AUAAAGUCUGAAAAAUCAACAAAACAAGAGUCUCCAUCCUCAAAAGCUGCUUCCUUCAAUUUAUCCUCAUUUCGUCAAUGGUGACUGCUCUCUUUGCCAACCAAUCACAAUCUUAGCAUUUUUUAUUUUUACCAAUAUUAUUAUAUUAUAUCUAUCUAUAAAUAUAUUUAUCAAAGUAUGUUUUAAUUAGAUAGAGAGAGUUUUCAAUUUUUAUUUAUUAGUGUGAAAUAUUUCAAGUGAGACUCUAUUCUCUUUUAUUCUAUAACACCCUACACCCUAUAAUCUUCUGAUAAUCAUAAUCAUAAUCAUGAAGAAAGGAAAUUUGGGUCUCGGUCUCAAACUCUCUGUUCCUCAAACUGAUCAAGUUGCUUUUGCAAAGUUUCUGACUGAAAGUGGAACGUUUAAGGAUGGAGAUCUGCUUGUUAACAGAGAUGGUGUUCGAAUUGUUUCUGAAACUGAAGUUGAAGCUCCACCCCCAAUCAAGGCAACAGACAACCAGUUAAGUUUGGCAGACAUAGACAUAGUGAAAGUUGUUGGAAAGGGAAACGGAGGGGUGGUUCAAUUGGUGCAACACAAAUGGACUAAUCAGUUUUUUGCAUUAAAGAUAAUUCAAAUGAAUAUUGAAGAGUCCGUGCGCAAGCAGAUAGCUAAAGAGCUGAAAAUUAAUCAAGCAGCACAGUGUCCUUAUGUUGUUGUCUGCUACCAGUCAUUCUAUGACAAUGGUGUCAUAUCAAUCAUUUUAGAGUACAUGGAUGGAGGCUCCAUGGCUGAUCUUCUGAAGAAAGUUAAAACAAUACCAGAGCCUUAUCUUUCUGCCAUUUGUAAGCAGGUUCUGAAGGGUUUAAUAUAUCUUCACCAUGAAAGACAUAUUAUCCACAGAGACUUGAAGCCUUCUAAUUUGUUGAUUAAUCACACAGGCGAGGUUAAGAUUACUGAUUUUGGUGUUAGUGCAAUUAUGGAAAGUACAUCUGGUCAAGCAAAUACUUUCAUUGGCACAUACAACUAUAUGUCUCCAGAGAGAAUCAAUGGAAGCCAACGUGGCUACAACUACAAAAGUGAUAUAUGGAGUUUGGGACUGAUAUUGCUGGAGUGUGCUAUGGGGCGGUUUCCUUACACACCACCAGAUCAAAGCGAAAGAUGGGAAAGUAUAUUUGAGCUUAUUGAAACUAUUGUGGAUAAACCUCCUCCUAGUGCUCCAUCUGAACAAUUUUCCUCAGAAUUUUGCUCAUUUAUCUCUGCAUGUCUACAGAAAGACCCAGGAAGCAGACUGUCGGCUCAGGAACUUAUGGAACUUCCUUUCAUCAGCAUGUAUGAUGACUUGCAUGUGGAUCUCUCAGCUUAUUUCUCCGAUGCAGGAUCUCCACUCGCAACCUUAUAAAAGAUGAUUGACGCUGCAUAUGAGCUGCAUUUGUGGAUGAGUCUGAUAAACCAGCUCCUAGUGUUAUGCCGAAGAUACUGUAUUAUGUUAUUUAGUGAUUGAGUUCAAUAAAUUGUGAGAAACUCAUAGAUGCAAGAUUCAAGGAAUUGCCAUGAUUGGAACUUGGUGAAGAAUUUUAAUGAUAGACGUUGAUUAUUAAGGGCCACUUGGGGCGUAAUGUUUGAAAUUUUAUGAUUGCAACAGAACUUACCUAUGCAGAAAAUAUUAUCUGUUGUACAAAUUUAUAAUUUUAGAGUUACAAGUUUUUUCAGGCUGUCCCAGAUGAACGUGAAAUUGUAUAUGCCUAAACUGCUCUCAAGUUAUAAUUGACGUUUUUUAUUUGGUUAAA